UAGUGAUUUCUGAACGUGUUUAUAAAAGCCGAAAGAAAAAAAAAACAUUUGACUAACGUGAUUUUAAAUAAAAUUCCUUGAAAUUCCUACAAAUAAUUGAAGGAAGACUUUAAAGAAAUAUAAAGGAAACCGAGAUAGUGAUCUCAGAGUAGCGUAAUAGGAAAAUUCUUUAAUUUUUAAACAAAAAGAUGGAAGCCGAAAAUGGAGAAGGACAAGUUCAAGUGCAUUUGAAGACAAAACAGGAACAUUAUGGUGUUCCCGAUGUUCCCUAUUCCAUAGAUGCUACAGUAACCACCACCGAAUUAAACACUUUUGUCAACACUCUCCUCACACAAACCUCAGCAGAUGAACACAAAACAGUGGAGUUUGACUUCUUGGUUUUCGAUGAGUACCUUAGAGGGCGACUAUGUGACCAUUUGCGUGAGAAGGCAAUAUCUUUUGAGGAUGCCAUUGAGAUUGAAUAUGUAGAAAGAUUCCCAGCACCUGAACCUCAAGAUUGUCUGCUGCAUGAUGAUUGGGUGUCGGCGGUAAAAACAAGCGGCAAAUGGGUUUUGACAGGAUGCUAUGACAAUACUUUAAACAUUUGGACUAUCAAAGGCAAACAUGUAUUAACUAUACCCGGCCACUCGAUGCCCAUAAAGGCUGUAGCCUGGGUUUCGCUGGACAAUGAAAGGGGAAAAUUUGUCUCUUGCUCACAAGACCAAACUGCAAUGCUAUGGGAAUGGGUUGUGGAAACAAACUCGGUGGAAUGUGUUUCAGUUUGCAAAGGUCAUGAGAGGGGCAUUGACUGCGUUGAUGUUAGUCCCGAUAAAGAGAAAUUUGCCACUGGAUCUUGGGAUACCAUGUUGAAAAUCUGGUCUUCAGAAAUCAAUGAAGCUGUUGAUGGUUCUUCCAAAAAGGCAAAACUUGAUGCUGGUUCCACAAGAACUCCCAAAAUGACACUACAAGGACACCGUGAAUGCAUUUCGGCGGUUCAAUGGAUGGACAAUGACACAUUGCUCACAAGCAGCUGGGAUCAUACCAUGAAGGUCUGGGAUUUAAAUAUGGAAGGCAUAAAAACCGAAAUUGCCACCAACAAAUCCAUAUUUGAUGCCAGUUACUCGAAUCUUAAUCGUCUUAUAGUCACAGCAUCGGCAGAUAAAAAUAUAAGGCUUUAUGAUCCCAGAACAAGUCAGGGUUCCGUGGUACGCAAUACCUACCUGGGCCAUCAACAAUGGGUGGAAACUAUUGAGUGGUCAACCACAGAUGAAUAUCUGUUUGUAUCGGGUUCAUAUGAUAACCAAAAUAAAUUGUGGGAUUGUCGCAGUCCCAAAGCCCCUUUGUACGAUUUAAUUGGCCAUGGUGAUAAGGUCUUGGACAUUGAUUGGUCCAAUCCCAAGUAUAUAGUCUCUGGUGGUGCCGACAAUACCGUUCGUGUUUAUAAGUCCCGUAAAGCUGUAACUUCUAAUUCGGAUACCAAAAUGGAUACAAGUAAAUGAUAAACAUACUUCAUUGACUUGUACUGUCUUUGAACUACCACCAUGAAUUACAAAUUACUAGAAAUAUUUUCCGGGAAAAUAUUUACUCCUUAAUGAAAUGAUUGCAGUCUAAUCUAUAUUAAUGCCCUAAGAUACACGUUUUUUUUAAAUACAACAUGCAAUACUGUUAAAACAAAAAUAAAUGGACGUAACCUUUACAUUUUUAACCAUUGCA